AGUUUUCUCUUGCCUUAGUCACUGUCGCCGCUGAUCAGGGCCCCCAGCCUUGCGCUUCGGUAGGGACUUCGCGCGGACAUCAAUUUGGUCGGGCUGUGAUUCUCCGGCAAAUUUUCUGGUUGUCUCGUUUCCUGUUAUCGAUGGUGUGGGUCAGAGCGGCAUAUUCCAUCUUCCGCUGGGUGGAGGAUGGUAUUGAGGUUGGUUCCCUUCUCCCCCCUUUUGUAAUUUUGCUUGGUGUUGGUAAGAUUGGCCUACUGGUUGUUUUGGUCGUGGCCGGUGGUGGCAUGCCAGCUUUGUCGGUGUUUCGACUCUUGGCUGCUCGGGUGCUUCCUGGUUGGGGCGCGGUAUGGAAGUGGGGCAUGGCUAGGGCGGCUCGCUGCGGUUGCGCCGUGAUGGUCGGCGUUGUGCCUCCGUUUGCCCCUCUGCCCUUUUCCCUUAGCUCUGGUGUUGGGUUAGGAGAGGCCGUUGCCCCGACUUCCAGCUAUCUCGAUCACCUUUGUCCUCAUCGCCGCUGUAACUCUAAGCACGUGAGCCACCGAGUUCAGCGCCACCAUCGCAGUUACCGUGAGUCCGGCGAGUUCCUCACCCCGUCGUCCAUCGCCGGUCCAUCAGCGAGUUCCGGCGUCCCUCGUGAAUGCACUGUUCCCAUCAACUGCUGCCUCCCUCGCUCAAGUCCGGCGAGUUUCAGCCCCGUGACGCCGCCGCGAACCACUGACCGCCAUCCGCCGGCGAGUUCUGCUUCUAGGCUGCGAGACCACCGCUGGUUACUAUCUCCAGCGAGAACAACAACAUCUCCGUUCACCGCUGCGUGCAAUUCUUUCUUCCCGCGAGCCGUUGUUGUUGAGCCCGACGAGCGUACUACCGGUCCCCGAACGACCCGUCUCGGCUAUCAUUUCGUUCGUUGUCGCAUACUGAUCCCGAGAAUGGUACCGAAGCUUGAUUCCCCUCUCGUUUAUAUAU